AUGAAUCGCUUUACGCUUGCUGCGCUCCUUCUGGCUCUUCUCGCCAGUGCUGCUGCUGCUACUGCUGCUACUGCCGCUAGUAGUAGUUCUACUGGCUUCAAGAGCCCUUUUGCGAAAACCAAGACUUACCAAAAGGCGCUCGAAAAAGCUGCUGCUGCUGAAGCUACUGCUGAAGCUGGUAGUAGUGAUGCUAGUAGUGCUGCUGACGAGACUACUUCUGCUAGUACUAGUAGCACUGCUACCGGUAGUGCCGGUACCGGUAGUAGCACUGUUAAGGACGACAAGAUGGAAGAAACGGGCGUUUCGGGAUUUCUGGACGAUUUGGAUGAAUUCGUGGAAAUGCGUACGCUCUGGUUCUACCGUUACUUUGGAAAAUCUCUCAAGCGGAGCAAGAUUGUUGGCACUACUCCGGAGACAACGUGUGAUUACGACGAUCCCGUCAAAAUCAAGUUUUGUCCUCCGGCUCCAGAAGCGCCUCUUCAUUUGCAGUAUCGGGAAAAGCAGAAUCAACAAAAUAAAAACAAAAAAUUCAAAAACAACAAAAACAACAAAAACGAGAAUAACCCUAUCCCUGUCAUUUCACCCCAACUCAUCUCCAAGUGCCUCGACAACCCGGAAGAUCCUGAUUGUCUCCGUUUCUUGGAAGGAUUUGGUUCUGCUCCUCAGCGAGAAGGAGAAGAUGAUCCUGAAGAUGCGGAUGCCGAUGCUGAUGCUGAUGCCGAUGACACUGAUGAACAACCUACUCAAACCAACACUGAUACCAACACCAACAAACUUGACUCCCGCACUGCGGUGGGAAAAGUACCUCCUCGAGGAUCUGCGGCGGCCGAUCCUCCAGGAACACCACAAGCCGACGAAAACGAAAACGACAACGACACGACCAGGGGCGCUUCGGCAAGGGUCGAGCGUAGGCCAGGACAAGAAGAAACAGAAGAAGAAGUCACGGGAGAUUCGGGCGCAAUCACCGAAACGGCAGGAGCUUCUGCAAGAGUGGAUCGCAGGCCUGGAUUCGCUGGCAUUGGGAGAGCCGAACGUCCCGGUGUUUCUGUUGGAGGAGCCAACGGUCUUCAAGGUGGAUCCGCGCUUCGAGCCCAGCAGCGGGGAACCAAUUUUGUUACUACCAUGCCCACCGGAACUUCUGAUUUCUUGGCUACGCAGGAACCGACCAGGGACGAUUGUUAUGGUAACAUGCUUGACGGUCGCUUCUGUACGUCCGAGCAGCCUACCAUCUCCGAAGAACCCACCAUGGUACUCGAACCCACACAGGAAAUUCCCUCUGGCGAAACUGGAUUCACCAAUCACUCGGGAUUGGUCUUUGAAAAUGGAGCCGAAGUCGGAAUCUGUGUCAUUGACGUACACAAUGUCGAUACCACUCCCGAUGCCGAAUUUGGAAUGCCAAUCGAACUUGUUAGUUCUGACGGAGAUACCAUCACCUUUACAUACUCUCAAACUUGGACCAAUCCUCCCAUUGACUACGUUCAUACUGUUUUCAUCACCGGUGAAGAACGCGUCUGUGAGCGGGAUGAGAAAGUCACCAAAGGAAGGACCAGCGAGGAGUUCACGGCGCUCUGUGAUCCUGUUACCAUGGUGGCUUAUGUCUUGAUGAUUGUGGCAGAUUCUUCCUUUGACGAAAACGACUCGGUCCCUUUACCUACCGAGUGUGACAAACAUGGAGAUAUUCAUACUGAACGCAAGUACGGUUACUCAUUCCAGCUUCCUUGUGACUGUUUGGAAGGAGAUAUCGUCAUUGAUUCAUGGAAUGGAUAUGCCUCACUCCUCGAUGAUGAUACCACGGAGGUCAUGAUCUUUGAAAAUGGGGCUUUCGUCGAACGUCCCAAGCCUCUCAUUGAAGAAGUCUCUGGUUAUGGCUCUGCGGAACGCGGUUCCAACCUCUAUCAGAACGGUGCUCGGGUCAGUCGCAACAGUGAUAGUGUCCACGGUUCCGCCUCGGUCAAUCAGGGCCCCUCGGAUGUCCAUGGAAUUGGAAGUGUCAGCCGUGGUCGUGACGAUGUCUCGGGGGCCGUUCAGAUUGGACGUCGCCCCGGUGGCCUACACUAUACCAACGAAGCCGAUCUUGUUCGAGAUAAUCCAGAUCUCUCUGUGGGGGGUCAAGCUCAAGUCUUCAGGCCUGCAACGUCAGUCACUGGUGGUGGUACUGCGCAGAGGCUUCCUGGCAGUGUCCAAGGUGAAGGCUUUCUCACGAAUCCUAACCAAGGUGUUAGUGGCGGAGGAUCGUUGCAGAAACCAGGUCCCGAAAGCGCUGUUGGCGGUGGAUCUGUGGCACGCAAGCCUGACAAGCCCGACAACGCCUUUGGGACUGGUUCUCUCAGUCGUGAAAAUCCCAACGAGGAAGAAAUCGGACAGGGGCAAGUCGCCCGUGAAAGACCUAAGGUGCAAGGCGAAGGAGAGAACGACCGUGACAAUUCGGACGAGGACGCCAUUGGACAGGGGCAAGUCGCCCGCGAAAGACCUGACCAGCAGGGCGGCGGACAAACCGCUCGUGAAAAACCCGAUGAGGAUACCAUUGGACAGGGGCAAGUGAGCCGUGAAAGACCUGACCAGCAAGGCGGCGGACAAACCGCUCGUGAAAAACCCAAUGAGGAUGCCAUUGGACAAGGUCAAGUGAGCCGCGAAAGACCGGACGAACAAGGUGCUGGACAGACUGCUCGUGAAAACCCUGCCCAGGAAAAUGUUGGAAAUGUUGCGCGCGAAAACCCCAACCAGGAAGGUGCUGGACAGAACGGUCGCGAAAAUCCUGCCCAGGAAAAUGUUGGAGAUGUUGACCGUGUUGUGGGUCCCACAGCCAGUCCAACUGGAGAGCCUGAUGUCGCCAACAACGGCGAUAUUGACCGUACCGACAGUCCUACCGCAGCCGCUACCAAUACUGAGUCCACGUCGUUCCCCACUCCAAAUGCAGAGCCUGAUGUUGCCAACAACGGAGAUAUUGACCGUACCGACAGUCCUACGGCAGGAGCUACCAAUACUGAGUCCACGUCGUUCCCCACUCCAAGUGCAGAGCCUGAUGUUGCCAACAACGGAGAUAUUGAGCGUACUGACAGUCCUACUGCAGGAGCUACCAAUACUGAGUCGACGUCGUUCCCCACAGAAGUUGAUACCAAUGCGGAGUCCACCACAAGCCCCACCGAAGGUGCCACUGAUGUGCAGUCCACGACCAGCCCUAGCGGCGGGCCUGAUGUUGGUGAUGCAGGGAGGGUGCAAAAGGUUGGUUCCCCUUCAAGCCCUCCUGUUACGAGCAGCCCAUCGUCAGGCCCCAGUGUGCAGGUCGAUGAGGGCGGCAGUGGUGAAGUGACAAGCCCUUCCGCCACGAGCAGCCCCACGUCACUUCUUGCAACUGUAGUCCCUUCAAGCUCGGAAACUUCGGCGCAAAGCAUCGAUCAACAAGGCACUCCCAGUCCAACUGGCGGUGGCACCGCCAGUCCUUCAAGCUACGGUUCUUCCCAACCAGGAACGGAACAUGUUGAAACUCAGAGCCCAAGCAUUCAGUCCACCACGGUCAGCCCAACAGAAACCAGUCCCAGCCCUUCAACUGCCGCGGUAAAGACCAUGUCACCGUCGGCACCACCGGUUAGCACUGCGAACACCGGAUCCGUGACCUCACGCCCCACAUCUUACCCAACUUCCCUUGGCACAGUUCAUACUGGCCAGGGAACCCAGACACACGAGCCAACCCCUUCUGGUACAGAAACAACACCAGUGAUGCCAAGUCCCACUCCCAGUGCCCAAACAAUUUUGCCAAGUCAAACUAGCCCGACACCAUAUCCUACAUCGCUUGGUACAGUGCACAAUGGCCAGGGAACCCAGACGCACGAGCCAACCCAGUCAGGAACAGAGACAUCCGCACCCCCCACGUCUUCUACAAUAAAUCCAACUGUUCGGACGAAGGCUCCAUCUUCAUCCCCUGUCAGCGCCACUGCCCCAUCCUCGACACCUGUCAGCGCCACUGCCCCAUCAGCAAUCCCUGUCAGUACCACUGCUCCAUCAGCAGCAAGCCCUGUCAGUACCACUCCCAGCCCCUCGUCUGUGACAGUUGCUCCAAGCCCUGGCACUGCGUCUCCGUCAGCUGCCACAACGCGCCCUACCCGUACAUACAUGUGCUACCCUGAAGUUCUGCUUGAUGUUGAUGACUUUGAGGAUGCUGACUCAGAUGAGAGUUGGUCUUCAGGCUCCCUCUACACUUUGAUGGAUGGUGGUAUGGAAACACAUGUAUUGGGGCUACUCGGAAAAGGCAACAGUGAGAUGUCUAAAUCAUUCACUAUCCCAGUGGUAUCUUCUGGUGCAGAACAAACAACAGAAGCAAACGAAGUAAGGAUUGAAUUCACCCUUUACCAGCUGGACAAGUGGACUCCAAAUGACAAGAUGUAUGCUGUUGUCAAUGGAGUUGAAGUUGACCUUGGAGAAAUGGAUGAAUCCAGUAGCAGCCAACUGACCACCAGCAUCCAGAAUGGAAUCACAGUAACCAGGUCCACUCCGACUGAGGGAGCCUUGAUCAAUGAUGGCACCGACGUUGACAAAAAACAUGCAGUCACUCUGACGGUUCCUGCUGACUUAAUUCCAAACAACACAUUGAUGCUAUCGCUGCAAGCUAGCACCUCCAAGAAGCUCGAAAAAGAGAGUGCUGCAAUUGAUGAUUUCAAGGUUUUUGCGUACUAUGACUGUGAAAAGACCAACACACCAACAUCACCCCCUUCUGCCGGCAGCUCCAAGACUACCACCUCAUCCCCAACUCUCAGGAUGGAUGGUACCAAUACUCCCUCUGUUGGUACAGAUACCACUCCAAGCACACAUGUGCCGAGUCGUGAAGGUGGCACCGUGAGCCCUAGCGCAACAUCCACAUCAGUGACAUCCGGAAGCGUUCCUCCCAAGCCGACCCCAGGCAUGGUUGACACCCCCGGACCAACACCCAGUUCUUCUGUAGCCACUUCUAUUCCCUCUGCUGGUUCUACUCCAAGCACAGAUGGACCAACUGGUGAAGGCACAACGCUGAGCCCUACUGUGACAGAUGGAAGUGUUCCUCCCAAGCCUACCUUGGGCAAGGUUGGUACCCCGGUACCAACACCCAGUUCUUCUGAAGCCACUCCGGUUCCGUCUAUUGCUGCAACUUCAAGCACGGCUGGACCCACGGGUGAAGGCAAUACUUUUAGCCCAAGCAUAAGCUCUAAAACAGCAAAUCCAAGCAAGGGUGGUACGGUGAGCCCAACCCUGGGUACAAGGGUUGCCACUCCUCCAAAACUUACGAGUCCCACAAAGAAUACAGCUACCCCAUCUGGGCCCACUGUGACCACUGCAUUACCCACAGUAUACAGCACUCCAACAGCUAGCAAGACAGACGAACCGACUAUUGAGGGGGAUACCCUGAGCCCAACUUCUGGGUCUGAAACGACUCAUUCUCCUUCAAUUGGUAGCACCUCCACAACAUCUGGAAGUGUUCCACCCAAACCCACUCCAGGCAGCACUCUGAGCCCUAGCACAGUUGUCACAACAGAGACCUCUGGUAGUGUUCCACCCAGACCCACCCCGGGAAAGGUUGGCACCCCAGGGCCAACACCCAGUUCUUCUGAAGGCACUCCAGUUCCUUCUAUUGGAUCGACCCCAAGCACAGCUGGACCGACUGGCGAAGGCAGCACUCUGAGCCCAAGCACAACCUCCGCAACAGAGACCACUGGAAGUGUUCCACCCAAACCCACUCCAGGCACCCCGGUUCCAUCUGUUGGUUCGACACCAAGCACGGCUGGUCCCACCGGGGAAGGCAGCACUCUGAGCCCUAGCACAGUUGUCACAACAGAGACCUCUGGUAGUGUUCCACCCAGACCCACCCCGGGAAAGGUUGGCACCCCAGGGCCAACACCCAGUUCUUCUGAAGGCACUCCAGUUCCUUCUAUUGGAUCGACCCCAAGCACAGCUGGACCGACUGGCGAAGGCAGCACUCUGAGCCCAAGCACAACCUCCGCAACAGAGACCACUGGAAGUGUUCCACCCAAACCCACUCCAGGUAAGGUUGGCACCCCUGGGCCAACCCCCAGUUCUUCUGAAGGCACUCCAGUGCCAUCUGUUGUUUCCACCCCAAGCACAGCUGGACCCACCGGCGAAGGCAGCACUCUGAGCCCAAGCACAACCUCCACGACAGAGACCACUGGAAGUGUUCCACCCAAACCCACUCCAGGCAAGGUUGGCACCCCAGGGCCAACACCAGUUCUUCUGAAGGCACCCCGGUUCCAUCUGUUGGUUCGACACCAAGCACGGCUGGUCCCACCGGGGAAGGCAGCAACUCUGAGCCCUAGCACAGUUGUCACAACAGAGACCUCUGGUAGUGUUCCACCCAGACCCACCCCGGGCAAGGUUGGCACCCCUGGGCCAACCCCAGUUCUUCUGAAGGCACUCCAGUGCCAUCUGUUGUUUCCACCCCAAGCACAGCUGGACCCACCGGGCGAAGGCAGCACUCUGAGCCCAAGCACAACCUCCACGACAGAGACCACUGGAAGUGUUCCACCCAAACCCACUCCAGGCAAGGUUGGCACCCCAGGGCCAACACCCAGUUCUUCUGAAGGCACCCCGGUUCCAUCUGUUGGUUCGACACCAAGCACGGCUGGUCCACCGGGGAAGGCAGCACUCUGCGCCCUAGCACAGUUGUCACAACAGAGACCUCUGGUAGUGUUCCACCCAGACCCACCCCGGGCAAGGUGGCACCCCAGGGCCAACACACAGUUCUUCUGA